AUGGACUUUGGUGGUACGUCUGACCCGUACUGCGUGGUGUCAGGCUUUGGCACCGGGGAGAUUGUGCGGACGCCGACGAUCUACAAGGAGCUGAACCCGUUCUGGGGCUCCGAGUGGUCGUUUGAUGUGGCGACGUUUGCGCAAAAGCUGCAAGUCAUCGUGUUUGAUGAGAACAAGAAGAAGGACGCUCCGAUCGGCAAGGUUGUGGUGGCCUUUGAGGCGCUGCGCAACGGCGAGCUCCGCGAGCAGUGGUAUCCACUGAUGCCUGUCUCGACCAAGGACAUGGACUUUGUGUCGGGCGUGGUCGAGCUUGAACUGCUCAAGACGCACUCGACGCUGUCUGUGAAGCUUGUGCGUGCGCGCGGGCUGGCGUCCAAGGACUCGAACGGGCUUUCGGACCCGUACGUCAAGAUCCUCUUUGCCGAUGCCGAGUACAAGACCGAGACCAAGUUCAAGACGCUCGAUCCCGAGUUCCACGACACCUUCCAGUUUGGGCUCCCGUCGCCGGCGUUCUACUCCAAGACACUCAUUCUCACCUUUUGGGACUACGACAAGCUCUCUUCGGACGACUUUAUGGGCUCGAUCGAGAUCAAUCUGGAAGACCUCGAGUUCUCGCGGCCGCUCACCCACUGGUUUGACCUCUCGCCGAUCAACCACGCGGCGCAAAAGAAGAAGGGCGGCGGCAGUAGCAGCGGGAGCGGCGCGCACAAGGACCUUGGCUCUGUCCGGCUCAAGCUCAAGUACACGACCGAAGUCAUUCUCGAUCCCGUGCGGUACGACUCGCUGUUCAACUUUCUGGACCAGCCAGGCCUUCCGGACAUUCAGGCGAUUGGCAAGGUGACGCGCGAGCGCGAGCCGCUGGCCAAGGCGCUGGUGGCGGCAUUUGCCGGGAUGGGCAAGGCCAUCUGGAUGCUCCGCGAGCUGAACGCGGCCGAGAUUGCAGCAACCGAGACGUCAAACAUCAUUUUCCGCGGCAACUCGCUGGCGUCCAAGACCAACGACAUGUACCUGCAGCUGCUUGGCGGCGAGUACCUCCGGUCUGUCAUUCAGGGCCACAUCGAGCACAUCUACGCGUCGCCGCUCGACUUUGAGGUUGAUCCGACGCGGGUCGACGACCCGGCGGUGCUUCCGACGCACUGGGCCAACCUCACGGCGCUUGUGGAGGACAUUGUCGAGUCUGUUCUUGAGUCUGCCCCUAAGUUGCCUUCCCCGUUCAAGCACGUCUUUGCCCAUCUUGUGGAGGCCGUCAAGGCACAGUUUCCCGGCGACGACAUCGUUCCCUACACGGUUGUCUCGGCCUUUCUCUUCCUCCGCAUCAUCUGCCCUGCCAUCCUCGGGCCCAAGCUGUUUGGCCUCAUGCCGGACCACCCACAGCCGCGACAGUCGCGGACGCUGACGCUGGUAGCCAAGACGCUCCAGAACCUGGCGAACCUGGUCCACUUUGGGCCGAAAGAGCCAUUUAUGUCGCCGAUGAACGCCAUCAUUGACUCGUUCCUCGACGACAUGCGCGAGUUCCUCACCGCAGUCUCGACGCCCGACCCUGCCGAGCUCAACCAGCCGCUGCAUCUUGUGGAGCAUGCUGCGGCUCCGAGCAAUCUCGACUGGCCGCGCGACAUGGCCAAGGUUCACAACCACUUUAACGCGGCACUGCCGGCGCUCGAGGAGCAUGCGGACGAGUUUCCGGACCUUUCGCUCAACGAGCUCAAGAAGGUGCUCCGCGGCAUCGACACCGCGGUUCUCAACGAGAUUGCAAAGAUGCCCCCGGACGAGCAGCAUGAUGCCAUGGUCUCGCUCAACCUGCAGCCGCGAGAGGCGAACGGUGCAGACGACGACGUCGGCGAAGACUGCGCCAACGAGCGCGAGCUGCAGCGCUCGGUCGUCGGUGUGGAGCACAUGGGUGCGAUCGAGGCUGUCGAGCUGAGCGGGGCCUACGAGGUCGAGGACGAGCUCGCCGCGUUGGAGGCCGAGCUGAUGGGUGGCAGCGUGAGCGCGGAUGCGGUGACGGCGGCGUCGGCGGUGACGGCGGCAGGUGGUGGGAGCGGGGGAGGCGCGGGGCCGACGGCAGCACCGAUCGAUACCACCGUCGACGACGUUGACCGACUCGACGAGUCGAACAUGAUGAUGUGGAACGAAGUGGUGGGUGCACCAAGCACGGCAAGUUUUGGAGACGUAGGCGGAGCUGCGGCGGGAGCAGGGGCUGCAGCUGGAGGUGAGCCCAGAGCCGGAGCACCGGCGGCGGCGGCGACUCUGGCCGCGACGACAGUGGCGGAGCGGCAGGCGCUGCCAAUAUACUCGACGGCGAUGAUGGAGGAACUGGCGCGGCGGCUGCUGGCGACUCAGGCGGCUACCGGGCCGGUCAAGGCGACGACGUACGAGCAGCUCAUGGUGCAACCGAGUGGGGGCACUGCCGGAAGCAGCAGCGGGAGCAGCAGCGGUCGACGGCCGUCAGGCGCUUCGCUCUUUGGCAGGGCUUCGGACGCGUCGGUGUCUACAGCCCGCGAGGUCGACGACGACGGAUUUGAGGUGCCCAAGGUGGCGGUGCAGACACAGGUGUCGACUAAGACCUCGUUUGGUAUGCCCGAGUUUGAGGGCAUGGACGCGGAGCUCGAGACGCUUGUGGAGGAGAUGAAGACCAAGCUGCGUGUGGAGAACAAGAUCGUGUCCAAGAUGUACCCGGCGGCGUUUGCCGGAUCGGAGGCAGUCGACUUUAUUCUGCUUCUCACCAAAGGCCACGACCGCGAGCCUGCGCGGGCGAUUGGGCAGCAGCUCCUCGACCGCAAGGUGUUCAAGGCGAUCGACGUGAUGGGUCCAGGCGCGUCCGGAACGUUUGUGGAUGGCUACGCCUUCUACCAGCUGACGACCAAGCGCGAUGCUUCGAUGCCUGUCGGGCUGCUCAACCUCAUCGACCAGUUCAAGCUCAACGUGCCGCGCAAGCCCAAGGAGACGCGGCAGACGUACAAAGACGUGUUUCUCGGUUUCGAUCUUGUCUCGUUCAUUGUGACCGUCAUUUGCAAGAUGAAUCCGGUGCGCGGACACGCGGUCAAAGUGGCGCAGGAGCUCUUUGCGCGCAACAUCAUCGCCGCCCUCGACGGCUCGGACUCGUUCGAGGACGGCUAUACGCACUACUACAUUGUAGAGAACCCGGUGCCGGACCCGAACAGGGUGGAAAACGUGCUGGACACGUGCGGCGAGGUGGUGUACUACCAGCCGGACGUCGAGUCGCUCUCGACGCGCGACAAGCUUGAUCAGGCGGUGGAGGCGCUUACGGCGUGGGCGAACCUCGAGCUGCGGGCGUCCGAGUCGGGCGCCGCCAUUUCCGGCCCGGUGGGCGAUGCGCUCCGCGACGGCACGCUCCUCAACCAUCUGCUGACGGUCAUCUCGCCGCACUACUCGGCGCUGCAUGUGCUCAAGGACCAGCCCAAGUCGCGGGCCGACGAACUCGACAACAUCAUGCUCGUUCUCCGCUUCCUCCAGGAUCAGGGCCUCGGCCUGGGCGACUUUCUUGAUCCGACCGUCCCGUCCAUGUAUUCGGCCACAGCGCUCUCGCUCAACGAGGGCAAUGUCAUGACCGCAGCCGUGAUCCUGCAUGCCAUGCGUCGGUUGGUACUGUGAGCAUUCUGGAGGAUGAUGAACAAAACGAUGGUGUGGUUUUGGGGGAAGCUUGGUACUGAAGACGGUUUAUCCCUUACGGUACGGAAUGGACACAUUUGUCCAUCGCGCAAGCCGCGCUCCGCGACGCUCCACAGACGUCGCAACGUCCGUGAAUGGUUGUAACACAG